UUACAAAUACGGAAAUCCUAUUUGAGAAUCCUGGUAUCUCUGCAGCCGAUAUUGUUUUUCUGUACUUUGAUAAGUUUUGGUUGAAAUCACCGAAAGAGCCUGUAAAACAAAAGUGACAGGUGCAAUAGAUAUCUGAUCUCCACUCUAUGGAUUUGACUCAGCUUCUAUCAUGGGCCUGCAUCGUGUUCACAGUCGGGAUGUUCUCGACAGGACUGACCGACCUGAAGAAAAUGCGAGAAUCCAAAAGUGCAGACAACAUCCAGUUUCUCCCCUUCCUCACCACGUGUCUGAAUAACCUAGGCUGGCUGUUUUACGGCACUCUGAAGAGGGAUCACACCAUUGUCGUAGUGAAUGUCAUCGGAGCUCUUCUCCAAAUCCUCUACAUUGUCAUGUAUUUCCUCUACACUAAACAGAAGCGACUUGUGCUGCUUCAGACUCUGGCAGCAGCAGCAGUGUUGGUCUGUGGAUGGUUAUACUUCACUACCGUUCUAACAGAGGGAGAGGCUCGACUCAAUCAGCUCGGUCUCACCUGCAGCGUGGUCACCGUCAGCAUGUACCUGUCUCCGCUCACAGACCUGGUAGCAAUAAUCCGCAGUGGUAACGUGCAGGUCCUGUCCUUCCCUCUGACUGUAGCCACCUUCUUCACUUCAACUGCCUGGGUUCUUUAUGGCCUGCAGCUAAAUGACUACUAUAUUAUGGUUCCAAACACACCUGGAAUCUUCACCAGCUUGAUCAGAUUUUACCUGUUCAGGAAAUUUGCCACAACUAGUCAAGGUUCACCUUCCUAUAAGCCUUUGCAUACAUGAGGAGAAAAGUUUGUGAAUAAAAGUGAAAAGACAAUUCAAGCCUUUCAAUUUAUGGAAGAGGAGCUCUUCCAUUUUUUUUUCACGCAUAUUAAGUGACACCAUGUGUGAAGUGGUGACAACAUAAAUAAUAUGGAUGUUUUACAAGGAGCUAAUCUUAUUUUUCUGCCGCUAUAUUUUAAAAUGUGACCCUUGUUUUUUCUCUGUCGUCCCGUAUGGUUGAGCUUGUUACUAUGCGUUACUAGCAUUUGCUGAUAUUUUUUUUUUCUUCUUUGUGAUGUUGAGAAACGAUUUGAUGAACUGAACUCAGCAUUAUAGCCAAAGAUUUAAAAGAAUUCGACUUUCUCGACUGCUAGUCUAUUUAUAUAUAUAUUUACAUAAAUAUAAAUAUUUUUGUCCCUUUGUACUUGCAUAAGGAAUAUUUUGGAUUAUAUCAUUACAUAUUUUUCUGCACAACUUGAAGAAAGUUCUUAUCUCUUCAGAGUGGAUACUUGUGCCUUUUUAUGUAGCCUUGUAUAUAGACUAUGUCCUGCCUGUGGUAUUGAUAUUUGUCCAGGAACCUUUUCUAAAUAUUUGGACCUAUGCCUUUUUAUAUAUGGGAAGGGUUUAUUGAACUCACUUUCAAGGUCAAGCAGUUUACUUCUUUUUUUGUUUAUUUUUAUCAUUUGUAUGUGGAAUUUAAUAAAUGACACUGUUACAGA